GUGGGUUUCACGGGAAUGCUCUUCUUUUACGUGGUUUUCCUGAAAGAAAGGGAAUACAGUUGCCUAUGCAAACCAAGAGCAAGAGAACUCUUACGGCGUAAAGGGGAAAAACGUUCAGACAGAUGCGACUGCAGAGAAGGAGCUCGGAUCAAAACCUAUGCUUGCGGCUGUAAAAAACGUUUGGACAUGGUAUAGGACGAUUCGGGAAUGUUUUCUGGAGAACGACCCAGCUAUCGUAUCGAAGACCGCAUUUGUAUUAGGAAAAGACUUUCCUAAAAAUGACAAUGACGUAUCAUCGGUAAAUUGCAUGUGCUGUGUAACGUUGCUCAAUCAGAAAACCAAGCUCGCAGAAUCAACCACGAGCGUACGAAGAAAACGAUUAAGUAGACACUGUAUUUAUCGCCAUUGCAGCGGCCUCGUAUGCCCCCGGAAGUUAAUGAAAAAAAGAAAGAACAGGCAACAUUACGUUCACCUACGCGUUUCUCAACAGGCUAUUUCUGAUUAUUGGAAAAUGUGCGAUAAAUCGGUGCAUGGUGAAAAUAAUAUUAACGAGGCUAAACUACAUCGAGAAAAUACAGGCGGGAAAGAAAAAACCAUAAAAAUAACUCACGAACAUAAAGAAGAAAUAUCGAAGAAGCAUGAUAAAUAUGCGACGGAAGAGAUUGAAAAGGAUAUGGUAUUAAAAUCAGAAUGUAAAUCUCCGUAUGUUUAUCCUAAUAAGCCUUGCAGUGAUUGCAGUAUCUCUCCAUUAUCUCUACGAAUAGCUGAAACUGAACACGAAGAGAACGAAAGUAUUAGAAAAUCGAGUAGUUUCAAACACAUUUGUGACAGUGAUACGAAACAUUUUUUAAUGUACAUGCAUAAAGAUACCUCUAGUGCUUUGGAAAGGAAGAGUAGCUCGCGUAGAACUAGUAAAAUCGAUACAUCGCACGAACGUUCGAAGAAAACUUCGAGUGAAAAAUGUUCGCCAAGUGGCACAAGUUCCGGCGAUACCACUAAUACAGAUGACUAUAUGAAUUCAAUUUUGUAUUACGAUAUACGUAAAAAAUGUGCGUCUACUGCUAAGAAAAAAUCAUCAAAAAAUUGUUUAAAGAUUGAAAAGGGCAUUGAAUUAAAAUUGACUCCUGAAGCAGAAAUAAAAAAUACAGAGAAAAUUAGUUCACAUCAAGAGUCGGACAUUGAUGGAAUCAAAAGUAACUUUUCGGACAACACGCGGGUGUACUCUUUGAAACAAAAGCAAAAAUAUAAUUCAAAACGUUCUAUAAAUAAAUCGGCUACAAAAUUUCAAAAGAAACUUCCAUGUCGUAACAUUGAAAUUAGUUCAGACAUGCAACAGAAAGAUACUUACCCUGUUUCUUGGUAUAAAAAUACAGCGUAUCAGAGAAAGCUGCCAAAAUGUCCUUGUCAGAGUUGUUAUUGCGAUGCAAAAGCACGUAAUUAUGAUGAUUCCCGAUGGAGUGGCAGUAAAAAACAAUCCUACUCAUAUUUGCAGCCCUAUUCCUCGUUUCAACCACGAUACGAUACGUUAUCUAUGAAUUUGCAACCGCAGAGGAAUAAUUCUCCAUAUGAAUGUCUGAGAACGAAGAAAAAAAUUGAUUCAAUGGCCGAUUAUAAAUUUUCACCGUCUCAUGAUACUCGUUCGUCGAAAUUCAAACCACAAUCGAUGCAAUAUAAAGAGAAACCGACUUUGGUCAUCUUCAAAAACAGAAGAUCCAAUAGAUCGAGGAAUUCGACGAAUUCGUUAUAUAGUUCUUCGACCACUUCUGCCAGUACUAUUAAGAGACCUGUUCACGACAAUUUAGUUACGUCUCAACGUUCAACCUAUAAAUCAUCACGUUAUACGAUGCCUUCGAGUGAUCAAUAUAAGCAUAAUAUGAACAGCGCAAAAAUAGAUACUACUUCUCCGUUGUCUUCGUCAUCAAGCUUAUCAUCGUCCAAACGAUUUCAUUCUUGGACGGCAUUAUCACGAAACGCUGUUUAUCAUAAACAAGAAUCGAUUUCUUCCUCUUCGUGCACAGACGUUCACAGAUGGAGAAGAAGAUACCCGGAAACAAAGAAAAGAACGAGUUCGUAUCUUUCAUCCACUACCUGUUCUUGUUCGUUGUCAUCGCUAUCGACAUUUAGAGAUUAUUGUUUAGAGGAAUCGGAGAAGGAAGCAAGGCAAAUUAAAAAGUCGCGGAGAAAACCAGGAUUUCGUGCACAGAAGAAGAAAAUAAUAUACACGGAUGAACGUCACGUUAGAUGGAAUAUUAAGAAUAUGUAUUAGGACUAGAAAAGUAAAAGAAAGAAAAUGAACAGUUACAUGAAAAGCAUAGAAAGAAAAGAAUUAUUGAUGUAAGGAGUAUAUUCUAAUCAUAGGAACACGUGAAGAAAUCACAAUCAUAAUUUAUGCCUCGAUAUUAUUUAAAUAGAAAGUCCACGCAACAACGUUGGUAAAGUAACAUUUGUGGCAUGCUCUAUUCUUUUAGCAGAACCAUCGAUAAAGACAUAAUUCAAGCGUGAACUCGGUUAAAUCAUAAAUUUAUCGUGUGACGAUGAAACGUAAGCAACAACAGUAACGAGUACACGUAAUUGGCAGGUACCGAGUUA